GACGGAUUAUAGAGCAGAUCCGAAUGGACCUGUGUCUCACCAGAAAGUUCAGAGUAACAAUCAGUCGCUGUAAUUCCAUCGAAAACCGUGGAAUAAUGUGCAAUCACAUUCGAGGCAUAUGCGGACGGUGACCUGAACGUGAAAUCAGUCCAAGAAAAAAUGUGUCCAGUAGCUGAAGAGAGUUUGUGGCAAAGCCUCAGGAGACUAGUGAAUGAACAGGACCUAAAGGAGAUUUUUUUCCUUUUCUUGAUUCUUCAAUUUUUAUUCAUUUUCUGCCGUUUCUUCAUUCGCAAAGAAUGCAAUUUUAGAGACAAGUGUAUCCGUGUUCAUUACCAUCUGCCUUAUAAAUGGCAAGUUCUAGAUAAGAAUGAACAGACAUGGAAAGACUUGCAAAAUGUAGAAGAGAUAGAGAGAGCGUUCUGUAACCCAGCUAACGAGAUAAGUCCAGGGCCUCAGCAGGUCGACUUCAAUACUAUGAUGUGUGGAGCAGCACCAGUUCGUCGUCUGUCGACAGCUUCCUCUGAUACAAAUUUUAUCCUGACCACCAAGUGGCUCUGGUACUGGAAGAAUGAAAAAAGAGGAUGGACUGAAUAUGGACAAGGGGAUACAAAGCAUGCAACACCUUUCACCUCUCAAGAACUGGAAAACUUUUAUCAAUCUAACCCGCACAGUGAGGUUUCUGUCACUUCUGAGAAGCACACAUACAUACUCUACAUGAAAGAUAUGUAUCAACAAAACAUUCACUAUAAAACCAAGAGAGAGAUUCGGAGGAGGCCUCAAUUUGUGUCUGCUUCAGAGUUCAACAGCAAAAUGAAAAAUGAAAGCUCCAGCUCGUUUGUGCUGGUUCCUGCACACUGGGAUAGAGGUGCCCUGCCCAGCUACUCCUACAAGCUGGUUCCAUUGCCUAGGACAGACAAUGAAUUCCUAAGGAUAGAGAAAUUGUUUAAAGAGACUAUGCCCCACUACACUGUUAAGAGCAUUCAGAGAAAUCAGAACAGCUCUCUGUGGAAGGUCUUCCAGUGGCAGAAAGAGCAGAUGAAAGCGAGGAAUGGAGGGCAAGAGGUGAAUGAGCGUCUCUUGUUCCAUGGAACUGAACAGUCUCGAAUAGAUGCCAUCUGUGAGCAUAACUUUGACUGGAGAAUUUGUGGGAUUCAUGGCACAGUGUAUGGCAAAGGGAGUUAUUUUGCCAGAGAUGCCUCAUACUCAGACAGUUAUUCUAAGUGUGGAAACAGCUGCAAAACGAUGUUUGUUGCACGGGUUCUGGUGGGUCACUACACCCGUGGCAAUACAAACUUUGUCCAUCCUCCUGCUAAAACAUCAGUUAAUGGCUUCUACGACAGCUGUGUUGACAACGAAACCAACCCCACGAUUUUUGUCAUUUUUGAAAAGUUUCAGAUCUACCCAGAAUUCAUCAUUGAGUAUGAUAAGGAAUCUAAAUGUCUCAUUUCAUGAGUGUCUGCAAAGCUUAAUGACUCAUUUCAAUUAUAAGCACGGGUGGAAAUAAAAGCACUA